AGGGGAGCAGCUCAGUGACCCCAAGAGGGGGCUGAUAUAAAGAUGAUACUUUGGAGGGAAGGGGGAUCAACUGGCAGGACCGGACGCAACUCUCUCCCAUGCUACCAAAAAGCCCGCUUGAGGCAGCACAGGCUCCAGGGCCUUAGGCCCUCACAAAACAUUUGGCAAAGUCUGGACAUUCAGGUCAAAAAUCUGACACGCCCCCCGCCCACGCAGUAAAAACACGAAAUCGCGUCCCAGAUGGGGCUAAGUCCUGUCAGAGCAGCGGAGGGUUCGGGUCCCAGCGCCACCGGCCAUCUCGGGACACAGGGCCUGCUAUCCACAUCUCUUCCCUGAGCUGCCCACUUGGGGCCAUGGCGCUGCCAACAAAGCCUAGCAUGAUUGAUCUGGGCCUGGGCACCUGGAGCCCUAGCUCCCAGGAGCAGAGCCACAGGGCUCGGGCACCCUCCAGGGGUGUUGGCAAGCAGCUGCCUGAGUACAAGGCCGUGGUCGUGGGCGCGAGUGGCGUGGGAAAGAGCGCGCUGACCAUCCAGCUGAACCACCAGUGCUUCGUGGAAGACCACGACCCCACCAUCCAGGAUUCCUACUGGAAGGAGAUGGCCCUGGACCACGGAGGCUGCAUUCUGAAUGUGCUGGACACGGCGGGGCAGGCCACUCAUCGGGCCCUGCGUGACCAGUGUGUGGCGAUUGGGGAUGGUGUGCUGGGUGUCUUCGCCCUGGAUGACCCCUCGUCUCUAGCCCAGCUGCAGCAGAUGCGGGCCACCUGGGGCCCACACCACACCCAGCCCCUCGUCCUUGUGGGCAACAAGUGUGACCUUGUGACCACCACCGGAGAUGCUCGUGCUGCUGCUGCAGCCCUCGCGAAGAGCUGGGGGGCCCCUUUUGUGGAGACCUCAGCCAAGACACGCCAAGGUGUGGAGGAGGCCUUCUCCCUGCUCAUCCAUGAGAUCCAAAGAGUCCGAGAGGCCAUGGCAAAGGAGGCCAUGGCAGGGCCAGGUGGGGAUAAAGGCCGGCACCAGAAGGCCAUGUGCCGCUGUGGCUGCUCUGUGGCCUGAAGUUCUUGGUCUAGAAAAGUGGACCCUCCCCCAGACCAGGGUGGUGGUUCCUUCACUUGAGACCUGCCCGCCCCCCCCCCCCCCCCACUCCCCGACCCCAGCAACUAGCUGUGUGGGACACUGUCGGUGUACUGGGGAUAGAUGGACCCUUCUCCCGGGGAUGUUUUCUUUUGGUGAUGGGCUUUUUGGCAAUGUGGGGCCGUAGCGUUGGUUAUAUAUUAUGUCAAGUUGAUU